UGUCAAACAUUUAAGUUUAAACGGGCGCGUGCGGGAGCGUGGAUAUGUCACGCCAUACCAUGAAUUAAACAUACAAUUAAAUUAAAUAAAACAAAUAUAAGUGCGUAUCAUUCAAACGUAACACUAGGCAGCCGUUCUCUGUCAAGGAUAUUUUUUUUCAACGCCACAAACACGAAUAAUUAUUGAUAUUAGUGUGAUUAAUGAACAUGACAAGCACAGGACAAAAACACGAGCUUUGAAUCAAGGUUUUGAAGAAACUGGAUCUUGUAGAGCUGCUGUCUUCAUACGUCAAUGCCUCGGAUAAAAUAUUUUUUUUUUAAAUCAGCUGGUCUCUGACAAUCACUUUUAAGCAAUUUCUGACCAACAAUCCAAAAUCAGAGGCCUUGCUUUUAAAUUGAUGCUUAAGGUUGAGACUAAAGAUUUUCACCUUGAUGUUUGCAAGAGAUGUUAGGACUGUUGUAAGUCUAACCGAAGGAACUUUCAAGACGCAAUCAAAUUCAUCAUGCAUCUAGAGGUGAAGGUUGCAUUGAACUUCAUAGUGUCCUACUUGUACAACAAGCUCCCUCGCCGUAGGGCGGAUCUGUUCGGUGAGGAGUUGGAGCGUAUCCUGGUGUCCCGCUUUGAAGGGCACUGGUACCCUGAGGCUCCUUUACGUGGUUGUGCCUUCCGCUGCCUCCAUCUGGGAGCUUCCGGGGACCCUGUGGUGGAGCUGGCAGCCAGGAGGAGUGGUCUGGACACAGAAGAGGUCCGUACCAACGUUCCUCCAGAGCUCUGCAUCUGGAUCGACCCCUAUGAAGUGUCCUACCAGAUUGGGGAGAAGGGUGCAGUGACAGUCCUGUACAUGGAGGAUCCUCCAGGUUUAGGGGGCAACGCUGAAAGGUCUGACAUUGCUUUCAAAGGAGACGUGGAGUUUGAGGACAUCAAAAGUUUGGGCUUUAAUCCAGAGGCUCAGGUGUUCAUACCCAUUGGUGGCCAGGUGUCGCCGGUCAUGCUAUCCUCACUCUCCAGUUCACCAACUCCUCUUUCUACCUCGUCUUGCCCAGGACUCUUCGGCUACGCCACUCCCAGCACUCCCACCAAUCCCAGCUCUCAUUCCUCCAAUACAGCCACUCCAUCACCACCAAGUGCUGGUCUUUUGUACUCUACACCCAACCCCCGGCCCACACCUCAACCUAUAACCUUCACCACAGCCAGCUUUGCCGCCACCAAAUUUGGCUCCACCAAGAUAAAGAAGUAUGGGAACCCCGGUGUUACUUCUGGUUCUGGCGUCACCACGGCCCCGCAACAGAGGAUUAUCACGCGCUCCCCCAGCAUCAUCUCCCCACCGGGACUGGUCAAGCACAAACCCCUUUCCCUCUCCAUGCACUCUCUAGCUGGUCCCAUCCCAAGCCAACUGUCUCCUAAUGCCAAAGAGUUUGUGUUUCCCACUUCCCGGAGGCCCAUCUACUUUGAUGUUGAAGUUUCGCCAAUGACGGCAUUUCAGGCUCCACAACCACACGCCUCCUUCGAUCCAUUCUCCAGUCCACAACCAGGUCAGGCUGUGGGAAUCAUUGGAGGCAACAGCGGAAUUUCCUUCAUGGAUAAACCUCCAUUCGUGGAAGGACUCGGAUACAACCUGCAGUAUUCCGGCCAGGCCUUCCAACCUGUGGUCUUGGCCAACUAAAGUCUCAGAGUGAAAGAGAUCCCAAUGCUGAAACCCUUUCCUUGAGGACAUUUGUCCCCCUCCACGAAUCACUGUUACUACCACCGUGUUAAAUCAAGAGUAUUAUGACUACUAAUUGAGUAUAACUUGUGAUUGUUAGUUUUCCGUUAAUUUGUUUCUUGUUUCAUGAUGUUGUUUAUUUAUGAAUUGACUAUCUCUUGGAGUAACCAGCCUCCUGUUGCACAGAUGUUUGUGUUUGUUGUUUUCAGUAAUGAGUCACUUUAUCUUUGUUUGUCUUUUAUAAUCUUUGGUUAAUGCUACUUUUUUAAAAUUGAUUCUGGGAAAAAAAGCUAAUAUUCUUAGAGAAGAUUCUAGAUGCCUAAAAGGGAUUUUUGGGAUGGUGUUUAUGUUCAGAAACAUGACGCUCUGGAGAUUACAGCUGUGUUAACUAACCAUUUGGUCACACCUUGGUUGUCAUAAUUGUGGAUUAAUGCUAAUUUUAUGACCUGUUCUCUGAAGCGACGUGGGUCUGGUGCUCUUGAGCUGAUGAUUAAGAGGCAGCUCAUAUCUGAUAUUUUGGAUUAGUUUUAGAAUUCUCCUUUUCAGUUUGAACACAUUGAGCCAAAUCCUGAUGAAGGUUGAAGGUUUUGAUAAACGGCAGAUUGUCUUUGAAGGGAUGGGACACGAAAUUCCACGUCAUUGGUGUGGAGAUGCACAGAUUAGCUUUCGGUCACAGAAACGUGUGUUUUACGUUCCAUAGGUUGUAAAAGGUGGUUUGCAAGAGAUGCUACAGUGAAAAUUGCACUUCAUUUUCUCUGCUGUAGGACUGUUGUGUCAUAUUCUGACUGCAGUGGCUGUGUUUUCUGAAGCGUUUUAUUGCGCUAAGAUAGAGGCUUGUGUUCUAGAAUCAUCUUGAAGGUAGGAGCCAAUGCUGUCUUCCUUUAUGACAUCACUUCCCCUCAGCGUACCGCCCCAUCCAGCCGCCCUGCACUUUACGCACAGGCCUAUGGAAACUCCGCAAUGCCUCACAAUAAACACUAUAUGCUAGAUGCUAAAGGUUCUUUACUCACCCUUUAAUUGGCAAUUGUGGCUAAACUAUAGCUUGGUAAUGUAGUUUAAAGAUUGUAUUAAAUUAACUUUCGAAGAUGUCUCUGGGCGAGACUGUACUUCUUGUGAUGUCCUUCAUCGACAUUCGAAAAGUGAACAUCAGAUUCAUGAAUAUACAUGUUUCCAUUGGCUUCAUUUGGGGUGGGCGGGGUUUAGAUUUAUCUAUUAAUGCUACGGCUGGGUGUAUUUUUACAUUCGUUUGUAAUUUAUUUACAAGUUUUCUAUGCUUUUUUUUUUUGUUUUUUCAAAAGAGUUCUCUACGGCAUUUAUAAAGCAAAUUAAGAGAUAUAUAUACGAUGACACUAAUAUGUAUAUAUUUCUUAUGUUCCAGAUCUUUUGUUUAGUUUCCUACGUGCUGAAGUUAUUUUUUCAGAACUAACUAUAAGAAUAUAAAUAUAUAUGCAAGAUAAAAUGACUAAUAAAGUUUGUUUAACGAA